AUGAUUUUUGUAGACAUUACUCUGUUGUUGGGUAUUUUAAUUCUACUAUUUGGUAGAAAGAAAAGCGAGAGGAUAUUACUAAAGACGACAUUUAGCAAAUUCACUAAUGAAGAAUCCAAUCCAUUGCUUAUUGAUAUUGAAGAUGAAGACAAUCAAGGAAACGAAACAGGAAACCCUCAGAUUAGAAGAGAAGGACAAAAGAAAUGUGUGGAGGAACGUGUGAAUCGCACACCAGACAAUUCAAUGCAAAUGGAUCUUAAAGUUGUAGUUUUGAGCUCAGAUUCAAAAAAGAAUAUGAAAACCAAAGUCAAUGUGAAGAAGUUUGCUGCAGGAAAAGCAAGGGUUUCAAAAUCUAAAAAAAAGAUACAGAAACAAAAAGGUUUGAUUGAAAGUGUUGACAUGACAGAAGAUAAUGAAAUACAUAGGGAAAAUGAAUUGAGAACAAAAAGACGGUUUGAUAGUUGUAAAAUAAAAGAUGAUAAAGUUGUUGUUCUAAACGCAUGUUCAGGAAAACAUAAGGUAACUGUCAAGAAGCUUAAUGAAGAUGAAGACUCCGAUUUUGAAGAUGCUAAACUUGUGCUUAUAAGGAAAAAGAGAAUGCAUUAUACUUCCUUCAAAGAUGAUGACAAAGAAAAUGUGAAGAAAUUAAAAAGACAAAAGAAUAAAGAAGGAAAUGUAGUGAAAGCAAGGAAAAUGCCUAAAGUUGUAGGAAAUGAUGCAGAAGAAGCAAGGUGA